AUGUUGCAGGCAUCGUUGCUAUGGUAUCGAAAUUUGAGAGCUUCUCUAGAGGAGUAUGGCUUUGUUUUUAAUCGAUAUGAUCCCUGCAUUGCCAACAGAAUGGUUAAUGGCAAACAAUUGACAAUCAGGUUCCAUGUUGAUGACGUUUUGGCGAGUCACAUGGAACAACAAGUACUUGAAGAUUUUUUCACAUGGGUGAAUGAGAAAUAUGGUGGCUUAAAGGAGGUCACAUGCACUAGAGGUAAAGUUCAUACUUAUUUGGGUAUGACAUUGGAUUUUUCGAAGAAAGGAAACAUGAAAAUUCGCAUGGAUGAUUAUGUGGAUCGCAUGCUGAGUGAGUUUCCAGUCAAGUUUAAGGACAAUGAGAUCCAGGAAACACCAGCCGGAAAUAAUCUACUGGAGAAAGGAUGGCAUCUGACAUUGAGCGCUGAUGAUUUGCGCGUGAUUAAGUGGUAUGUCGAUGCAUCAUUUGCUGUUCAUCCAGACUUCAAAAGUCAUACUGGAGCUGUGAUGACAAUGGGCACUGGAGCAGUGCAAGCAAUUACACGAAAGCAGAAAUUGAAUUGUGACAGCAGUACAUAUGCUGAACUAAUUGGAGUCCAUGAUGCGAUGUCCAAUAUUUUGUGGACCCGCUUAUUUAUGGAAGAACAAGGUUACCCAAUCAAGAAGAAUAUACUAUAUCAAGAUAACAAGAGUUCGAUCCUGCUUGAGACAAAUGGGAGAUCGAGCGCAGGCAAAAGGAGCCGUGCGCUAAAUAUUCGGUAUUUCUUUGUGACGGAUCAAGUCGAAUUGGGCAAUAUUACUAUUGAACACAUGCCAACUGAUGAAAUGUGGGCAGAUUACAUGACGAAGCCUUUACAGGGUGAAAAGUUUCGCAAAUUCCGGGCUGUAAUUCAAGGUGACCAGGAUUAG